GUCAGCGGGCCCCUGGACGACUACACAUUCCUUAAAUCAACAAUCAUGAGCGACGCUGCGUUUCUUUCCACCGUACCAUUUCUUCGUUCUUUUUCUUUCCCCUCCGUCGCUGUCAUCGACGAUGAGAACACAGGAUCCCAACGAAAAAGUCACCGAGGGGAUCUCGGCCGACCAUGAAUCUGCUAUCACAGCCUAUGACGCCAACCCAUUUCCAGAGGAUGCUGAGCAAGUCGUACAAUUGGCCAGGUCGUUGACAAAUGCCUCUCUGGCUGGGCAGGGCCUUCGUGACGACGACAAUCCAUUUGAGGGUUGUACUGACCCACGCAUGGAUCCCCGGUCCGGCAAGUUCGACUACCAUCUGUGGAUUCGCUCCAUUCUUCAGAUCACCUCACGCGACCCCGACCGGUAUCCUCGUCGUACAGCUGGCGUCAGUUUUCAGAAUUUGAACGUGUAUGGGUACGGGAAGCCUACUGACCACCAAAAGACCGUUGGGAAUGUGCUCCUCGACUUGCCUAGGAUGGUCGGGGGUUUGGUUGGAAGCAAGGGCCGAAGGAUAGAUAUCUUGCGGGACUUUGAAGGUGUGCUCAAGCAUGGCGAGAUGCUAGUCGUUCUUGGUCGUCCUGGCAGUGGUUGCACGACGUUGCUCAAGACCAUAUCUGGUGAAACCCACGGCUUUUUCGUCGAGAAGGACGCAAAGAUUAACUAUCAAGGUAUUCCAUGGAAGACAAUGCACCGCGAUUUUCGCGGCGAAGUUGUCUACAAUGCGGAGACUGACGUCCAUUUUCCCAAUCUCACCGUCGGACAAACCUUAUCGUUUGCUGCUCGUGCCCGGACACCCCGUACGCGUCUCCCUGGUGUCUCGAGGGACAUGUGGGCCGAACACAUGCGGGAUGUCGUAAUGGCGGUCUUUGGUCUUUCCCAUACGUUGAACACCAAGGUCGGAAAUGACUUUGUCCGCGGCGUUUCCGGUGGAGAACGUAAACGUGUCAGUAUCGCAGAGGUUGCACUUAGCGGUAGUCCCCUGCAAUGCUGGGACAAUAGCACUCGUGGUCUCGAUAGCGCAACUGCACUAGAAUUCGUCAAGACUGUCCGGCUUUCAACCAAGUACAUGGGUGCUACCGCUGUUGUCGCGAUCUAUCAGGCUUCUCAGGACAUCUACGAUAUCUUCGACAAGGCCGUCGUUCUUUAUGAGGGCCGCCAGAUAUACUUUGGCCGUACGGAGACUGCGAAGCGGUUCUUCGUCGACAUGGGCUUCCACUGUCCGGAGCGUCAAACCACCGCAGACUUUUUGACUUCCCUCACUAAUCCCGCCGAACGUCAGGUUCGACCCGGAUACGAGUCAAAGGUUCCGCGUACACCCGACGAGUUUGCCAAGGCAUGGAAGGAGAGUGAAGAGCGAAAACGUCUCUUGCAGGAGAUCGAUCAAUUUGACCGCGAGUUCCCCAUCGGCGGCGAUCAGCUUGACCAAUUCCGAGUUUCUCGCAGAGCGCAACAGGCUAAGGGAAUGCGCGCAAAGUCCCCAUAUACCCUCUCUAUGCCUAUGCAAGUAAGACUAUGCCUUCGUCGUGGCUUCCAGAGACUGCAUGGAGAUAUGACUCUGUUCUUCACCGCUCUCUUUGGAAAUUCCAUCUUGUCUUUGAUCAUCUCCAGUAUUUUCUACAAUCUUCCCAAGGACACCGGCAGCUUCUAUAGUCGUGGGGCAUUGCUUUUCUUUGCUAUCCUUAUGAAUGCUUUUAGUUCCGCUCUUGAGAUUCUUACAUUGUACGAACAACGCCCCAUCGUUGAAAAACAUGCUCGCAUGGCGUUCUAUCACCCAUCAUCUGAAGCUAUCUCCUCUAUGAUUUGUGAUCUGCCUGCGAAGAUCCUUACGUCUAUAUUUUUCAAUACGGUCCUAUACUUCAUGACCAACCUGCGUCGUACGGUCGAUGGAUUCUUUGUCUUCUUCCUCUUUUCGUUCAUGUGUACUUUGGCAAUGUCGAUGAUUUUCCGGACCAUCGGUGCACUGUCCCGGACAAUUUCCCAGGCCAUGGCUCCUGCUGCUAUUCUCAUCCUCGCUCUGGUUAUCUACACGGGCUUCACGAUACCUACAUCUGGAAUGCACGUCUACUUCCGAUGGAUCAACUACAUUGAUCCCAUCGGUUACGCAUUCGAGAGUCUGAUGGUUAACGAGUUCGAUGGGCAACAGUAUCCUUGCUCCGCUUACGUACCAUCAGGACCAUCAUACUCUGACGUCGGCUCUACAAAUCAUAUUUGUUCGACGACGGGAUCAGAACUUGGUUCAAGCUUCGUGUUGGGCACCCGGUAUCUCCAAGAAACCUUCAAGUACCGUCGUUCGCAUCUCUGGAGGAACCUUGGCAUCAUAAUUGGCUUCAUUUGCUUUUUCUGCUUCACAUACAUGACGGCGACUGAAUACAUCACCGCAGCCAAGUCCAAGGGCGAAGUGCUCGUGUUUCGACGUGGGCACCUUCCUCCCAAACCCAGCAAGGCUAAUGACGAGGAGGCUGAUGGCGAUGCACUUGACGAGAAUAAGACUUCUUUGGUUCGUCAGCAAGAUCAAGCAGUUGGGGCACUUCAGAAGCAGACCGCUAUCUUCCAUUGGGAGGAUGUCUGUUACGAUAUUAAAAUCAAGGGUGAACCGAGACGACUGUUGGAUCACGUCAAUGGAUGGGUCGAACCCGGUACAUUGACUGCUCUCAUGGGUGCUUCUGGUGCUGGUAAAACCACCUUAUUGGACGUGCUCGCUAGCCGUGUUACGAUGGGUGUCGUUACGGGUUCUAUGCUGGUUGAUGGUCACCAUCGGGACAGCUCAUUCCAACGCAAGACAGGUUAUGUUCAGCAGCAGGAUUUGCAUCUCCAGACAUCAACUGUUCGGGAGGCUCUUGAGUUCAGUGCUAGGUUACGACAACCAAAGCACAUCUCGGAUGCCGAGAAAGUGGCAUACGUUGAAGAAGUCAUUCGCUUGCUAGAGAUGGGAUCGUAUGCUGAUGCUGUCGUCGGUGUUCCUGGUGAAGGUCUCAACGUCGAACAGCGAAAGCGCCUAACUAUUGCUGUGGAAUUGGCUGCCAAGCCUGAGUUAUUGCUCUUCCUUGAUGAACCUACUUCGGGUCUAGACAGUCAAACCGCGUGGUCAAUCUGCACACUUCUCCGUAAACUGGCGAAAAAUGGCCAAGCCAUUCUAUGCACUAUCCACCAGCCCUCCGCGCUUCUCUUCCAGGAAUUCGAUCGACUUUUGUUCCUCGGUCGUGGUGGGCAGACGGUCUACUAUGGCGAUAUUGGCAAAAACUCGCAGACGAUGAUUGACUACUUUGAGCGUAACGGUGCUCCGCGGUGUCCUCCUGACGCCAAUCCAGCCGAAUGGAUGCUUCAAGUGAUUGGUGCUGCCCCUGGAGCUGUUGCUUCUCGCGAUUUCGUUGAGGCAUGGAAUCAGAGCCCGGAGCUCGUUGCUAUCAAGGAGGAAUUGGCACGCAAACGCGAGAACGCGAAACCUAUCGAUCCCGUCGCUAUCACCGACGUCAACGCUACCCGCGAGUUUGCCGCUCCUUUCUUUUCUCAAUAUCUUAUCUGUACAUAUCGGGUUUUCCAACAAUACUGGCGCACUCCUUCAUAUAUCUAUUCCAAAACGGCUCUUUCGGUUUUGACGGCAUUGUUCAUUGGUUUCUCGUUCUUCAAAGCCGACAAUACUCUCCAAGGCCUGCAAAACCAGAUGUUUUCCGUUUUCAUGUUGAUGACCAUCUUCGGUAACUUGGUGAAUCAAAUCAUGCCCCAUUUCGUUACACAGAGGUCGCUGUAUGAAGUUCGAGAACGCCCGUCGAAGACCUAUUCAUGGCAAGCUUUCAUGUUGGCGAAUAUCACAGCCGAGUUGCCCUGGAACUCGCUGAUGGGCGUGUUGAUCUUCUUCUGCUACUAUUAUCCCGUGGGCUUGUACGCCAACACCUACGCGACGGACACCAUACAUGAACGUGGUACUUUGUUCUUCCUCUACAUCUGGUCGUUCCUCGUGUUCACAUCAACGUUUACGGACAUGAUCAUUGCCGGUAUUGACACGGCGGAGACUGGAGGAAACCUUGCCAACAUGCUGUUCUCGCUGACAUUGCUGUUCUGCGGUGUCCUCGCUGGUCCAGACGAGUUCCCCCAUUUCUGGAUAUUCAUGUACCGCGUAUCCCCAUUUACCUAUUUGGUUGAUGGCCUAUUAUCGACAGGUCUAGCUAAUACGGCGGCGACGUGUUCGGAUAUCGAGGUUUCGGUGUUCAACCCUACGAACGGAACAACUUGUGCUCAGUACCUCGCAGACUACAUUGCCGUAGCCGGAGGCAGCAUCUCCAAUCCUAACGCGACGUCCAACUGUCAGUUCUGUUCCGUCACGUCAACGAACGCUUUCUUGACCCAGAUCAACUCAUCGUACGAUCACCGAUGGCGGAACUUGGGCAUUUUUUGGGUGUACAUUGUAGUGAACAUCGCCGGUGCACUCUUCUUCUACUGGCUCGCUCGUGUACCAAAAGGUGCCAAAGCGAGGAACGUCUAGGAAAUGUUGGCGCGAUAGAUCCUGGUUGUCUUUUUUUUUGUUUUAAUGAUUGCUGUGAGACUCAUUCUCCUCUCGCAUGACCUAGAUAGAUACCUUUGGGACUCCCUUUCGCAAAUUCGCAUAUCUACACACACUUGAUCUACACGUAAUUGCCUACAUGUAUUAGUAUUUACAAUCUAUUGGAUUUCAUUCUCGUUCUUGCUACAUUGUGACCCCCGUUUUUAUAUCUAUUUUACGCCUCAUGAUUUCGCUCUGGACACAUCUUUCUAGCAUUGCCCUAUCUUUAUUGAUAUAUGUCCGUGGUAGUAGUUUACCUGUUCUUCUAUUACUAACAAAUUGACCUUUACGGUCAUGGGUGAGUGUAUGAUAUACUCAUCUCUAUCCUCCAGGUAAGGAUCAACUAGUGAAGGAUUGGCAGAGUCGGUUUGUUGAAUGAGGACUUUGGAUGUGCUGAAAGUCUGCGGUACAUGAUUCUGAC